AUGUAUUCUCAGUACUGGAACACGGCUCGGGGACGCAGGCCGGACUACAGGAGAUACACAGUGGUGGAAGGAGAGACUCCUCUUCCUCUGGCCGCCUCCUGUCGUAGGAAGCGUCUUCGUUCUGCGGCGAGGGAAGACGAGGAGGCGAGAAGCUGCGCGAUGAGGCCGAACCCCGAAGGCUCCGGCUGCUCGCUGUCCGCCGAAGAGGAGGAGCUGCAGAGACUGUGUCAGCGCUGCCACAUCAUGGCGUCACAGCUGAACCGACAGGCUGCUGCUCUGGCCGACACGACGGCGCUAAAGGACCCGGCCUACGCCUCCUUCCUCUUCAAUAAGCUGCAGCGGCUCCAGCUUCCUCGCCGCGGCCGCCACGCCUCCGUAGACGCUCGCUGUGAUGUGUGCGGCGCCUCCUUCCACCACCUGAGACGCUUGGCGCUGCGCCGCGCUCUGGGCAUCAGCAGAGACAUGACGCCACGGCCCGCCGCCCCCUGCCUGCCCCCCCCCUCCGACGAGCUGCCGGUGAAGCAGCAGAGAUGGUCGUACGAGGAGCGGCGGGGGGGCGGGGCGGCGCCGAGGGGCUGGGGAGGAGUGCAGAGUACUUACCUGGGAGGGGGCGGGGCCAAAGGGCUGGCGACCGUCACGCCCCUCCCUCUGAACGCACAGCAGUACCUGGAGGGAGUGUGGAGGGUCUCCUGCUGCUCACCUGAACACCAGCCGACGGUAAGCACAGAGGGACAAACUCAAACAUGAGAUUACGUCACCAUGAAGACAAACACUCAGGAUAUCAAACCUGCGGCUCACAGCAUCGCCACCCAAACCACGCAGACACCAUCAGCUGCAGCCGCCUUCUUCAUCAGGGCAGCUCAGAAGCUGAGUCUGUCCCGCAGGAACAGGAAGCAGUCCCCCCCUCACCCCCCCCCUUCCCCCGGCGAGGCCUCGGGCUUCCUGCUUUACACCGGCGGCUUCAGCGGCGCUCUGCAGCUCUCGCCGCCGGCCGUGCCGCCAUGUUUGCUACGGGCCGGGUCAAAGGUCAGGGACACGCCGGGGAUGGGAAAGGUUCGGGUGAUGGUCCGGAUCUGUUCUCUCAGCAGCGUCGAGUCUUCAGAGUCGGCGUCGUUCCUGAAAGUGGACGUGAGGAAGAAGCAGCUGAGCCUCAGCGAGACCACGGCCGUCCAGAGGAGAUCUUCCUCCUCCUCCUCCUCUUCCUCCUCUUCCUCCUCCGCUCCCAAAACCUUCAGCUUCGACGCCGUCUUCUCUCCAGACGCUUCGCAGGCUGAGGUUUGCUCGGGGACGGUAGCGGAUGUCAUCCAGUCGGUGGUGAACGGAGCCGACGGCUGCAUCUUCUGCUUCGGACACGCUAACCUCGGUAAGACGUACACCAUGAUUGGCCGAGACUGCUCCACCCAGAGUCUGGGCGUGGCUCCCACCGCCGUGUCCUGGCUGUUCAAGGUGAUCGAGGAGCGGAGGGAGAACGCUCGCUUCUCCGUCAGAGUGUCGGCCGUGGAGAUCUCCGGCCGCGAGGAGACGCUCACCGACCUGCUGGCUGAACUCGCCUCCUCCUCCUCGGCGGCGGGGGGGCAACAGGAGGAGCCGGGCCCCGCUGUGUCCAUACGGCAAGACCCCGUCUGUGGCUCCCAGCUCCAGAACCAGACGGAGCUGCGGGCGACCAGCGCCGAGCGAGCCGCCUUCUUCCUGGACGCUGCGCUGGCGGCGAGGAGGAGCAGCCGGGAGCCGAGCGACCAGGAAGCCCGGAGAAACUCGCACUUCCUGUUCACCCUGCACCUCUACCAGGACCGGCUGGACAAGAGCAACAAGGCAGCAGUCUCCGGUCGCAGUCGUCUCCACUUGCUGGAUUUGGGAAGCUGUGAAACGAACAUCAGCAGGACCCGCGAGGGGGGCGGAGGUCAGUGUCUGUCUCUGUCUGCGCUGGGAAACGUCAUCCUCGCCCUCGCCAACGGGGCCAAACACAUUCCCUACAGGGACAGUAAGCUCACCAUGCUGCUCAGCGAGUCUCUGGGAAACAUCAACUGUCGAACCACCAUGAUCGCUCACAUCUCCGACUCUCCGGGAAGCUACAUGGAGACGUUGACCACGGUGCAGCUGGCCUCCCGCAUCCACCGCAUGAGGAAGAAGAAGUCUAAGUACGCCUCCAGCUCAUCCGGAGGGGAGAGUUCCUGCGAGGAGGGCCCGACCCGCCGGCCCCCACCCCUCCGACCCUUCCACCCCCGGACCGUGGCCCUCGACCCGGACACGCCUCUGCUGCUCUCCAGCGAUCCCGACUACUCGUCCAGCAGCGAACACUCCUGCGACACCGUCAUCUACGUCGGGCCGGGAGGGACGGCCGUCUCAGACCGAGAGCUGAGCGACAACGAGGGGCCGCCUUCCUUCAUCCCCAUCAUUCCCUCCCUGAACAAAAAGCGGGUCAAAGACGCUCCCAGGUCUGAUGGCGAUCAUUUUAAGUGCAACACAUUCGCAGAGCUGCAGGAGAGACUGGAAUGCAUCGACGGCAGCGAGGGCCCGGCCACGUUCAGCACAGAGGGUAAAGCAGCACAAGCAGCAGCUGCCAGUGGAGCUAUUCAACCCAUAGAAGCAACGUCUCCUCCCAACCAUGAUAAGAACUCCUCCCAAAGCACAAAUAAAGCUCAUCAGGAGCUCUCCAAGUUCCCCUCAGCCGGUGGCGUCGACCCCUCUAAACGGACGAGUGCAGAUGGGGAGAAACUUUCAGCCGCCCCCGUUCAGCAAUGUGUGGUGAAGCCUUUUACUCACGACUCAGAGCCUGUGGUUCGGGAGAAGGUCUACCUCAGAGGGGGUGUACCCAAACCGUUUCACUCCCCGUCUUUACCCAGGACAGCCAGGGCAGCAGCUCAGCCCGAGGAAGUCAUCCAUAGGACUCCCCCGGUCGGUAUGAGUCAACAAGCACAAAAACAAGUCCAACCACCAGCUUCUCCCAGCAGAGGCCCGGUGGAGGUCAGCAACCUGCGGGCGGCGCUGUUAGGAAGACGCCUCGACAGGGAUUUCCUCAGAACCACCAUCACACUGCAGCAGCCGGUGGAGCUAAACUGGGAGGAUGAGCUCGUCUUCACCGUGGUGGAGGAGCUUCCUCGCAGCCUCAUCCCAGACAACGGUCGUCCCUCCAACAUCCUCAGCUUCAACAGUGACUGCUCCCUGCAGGCGUUAGCGCCGCGCUCUCGUCCCGUCAGCAUCAUCAGCAGUAUCAACGAUGAGUUUGAUGCUUACACGUCUCAACAAGGAGCCGAGGGAUCUGGUGCUGAUGUUGGUGCCAACAGCCAAGAAAUGUUGUUUCAACAUGGCAACAAGCACUCAACAGUUGGUUCAUGGCCAAGUGAAGAGAGUGUGAUGUCGGCUGAAAGUGAAAACUCUCGUUCAGCUGGCAGAUUUUACUUGAGGGACAAAAACAUGGCAUCAGAGAAUACAUCAGCGCUGACAUCGCCGAGUGUGUUUCAUAGAGAGCCGUUUGUGCAGCAGCAUGUGAAGAGCUCUCUGAACGACAGCGGCGUCUGCUUCUCAGAGCUGGACAGUGACCCCACAACCCCAAAUAAACCACCUUUUAACAAGUGCUCUCCCUUCCCCGAAUCAACCAAAGCCUCUCCCAAAGGCCCCAAACUGAGAGCCAGUACUCUGAACACUUCAGUGUCAGCCCACAGCGCCCAUCAUGCCAGUCUUCCCAGGAAAACCAAGCCUACCUCAUCUGCAGCUGUGGGCUGCAGCAGACAGGAAGGCAGACAUGAUGACUUUUUGCUUCAGGGAAGCAGUCACUUUGAUCCCAGAGAGGUUGAGUUUCUCUCUACAGGUAAACCACCAAGAAGUGGUGUAAGCAACGUUUCCUCUAAGAGGCCCGGAGGGAACAGUAACAGUGUACCCCGGCCCCCAAAGGCACAGGUGUCCUCUUCGGUUCAGAGGGUGGUGGACGGUUGUGAGAAGUCUAGCAGCAGGAGAGGAGACACUCUCAUCAAGCUUCCACGACUCACACGUGGGGCGACGACUCUGGGAACCGUUUCCAUCCCUCAGACCUCCGAAUCUAAAUGGAGUCAUGAAGGCACCUCGGCGACCGGGACUCUGAGGUUUUCAUCCUUAGGAAAAAAGUCAAAUGGGCAGAAAAGUAGUGUGAUCUCCAAGUCUGGAUCUGGAGGCAUCUCUCCUCCUGCUCCUCCCGUCAGACAGUCCAGCCAAGAACAAAAGACGAGGACUGCGCUUUUUCCAAGUGCCUUAAAAUCAAGCGGUGACACUGGAAAGUCUUCAUUCCCAAAAACAUCGACCUCAGAGGAAGAAGUCAGCAGACUCCGUGCAGAGUCAUUCAGCCACCGGACGUCCAGUUUAAAAACUGAUCACGGCUCUGCAAGGACGUCCUCGAGUCUGAAGACACGAGGAGCCAAAGCAGAUUCUUGCAGGUACUAUGGGAGUCUGAUGUCUCUGGAGAGAUGUGACAGUCAAACUUCAGUCGGGUCCAAGCCCGUCCUGUCCCGGGAGAACAGCGGUGCUAGCCUGGGUGGUUACAGAUCCAACAGGUCUGUGCCAAAACUCGGAGUUCCAGCCUCCACCUCAACACCUGCGCCUUCCUCCCAAGUUCCUUCUGGUGUUUUUGCAGCUACGUCCAAACUGCUGCAGGUAAAAAGCAGCAGCAGCUCGAGAAGUGCGGUUGCUGGUGGGUCGAAGGUCCGAACGCUGACUACCAGCAGUUCAAAGAGCUCCUUCCAAAAACCUUCUGAUAAUGCAGCUGGACGCAACACCAGCCUACCCCCAACUGGUAAGCCCCCUGCUCGCCCCGGCACAGCAGUUAAACCAGGAAGAGGCACCAUCAUGGGCACAAAGCAGGCCAUCAGCCGGGCGGCGAACAGCCGGGUCAGCGAGCUAGCUGCUGGAAGUCAAAGGAAGCUCAGCAGGGGGCCGACAGGAAGUGACGGUGCCGACAGCGGGGCGAGCAGUGUCGGCAGGUCGCCCGUCAAUGCGCCGAUACCUUCCCCUUACAGCAAGAUCACCGCCCCCCGCAGGCCGCAGCGCUACAGCAGCGGCCACGGCAGCGACAACAGCAGCAUCCUGAGUGGGGAGCUGCCCCCCGCCAUGGGCCGCACCGCCCUGUUCUACCACAGCGGGGGCAGCAGCGGCUACGAGAGCAUGAUCCGAGACAGCGAGACCACCGGCAGCACCUCGUCAGCGCACGACUCCAUGAGCGAGAGCGGGGUGUCGUCGUCCAAUCGGAGCAGAGUCUCCAAAUCACCCAAGAAAAGAGGAAACGGUUUCCUGCGGCGGCGCCUGAUCCCGGCUCCGCUCCCCGACUCCUCCUCUCUGGGGAGGAAGGGGGGGGGCCAGUGGGUGGAGGCAGGAGGAGGCGCGCUGAAGGAGCCGUUCGAGAUCAAAGUGUACGAGAUCGAUGACGUGGAGCGACUGCAGAGGAAGAGGGAGGAGGUGCCGGGGUCAGAGCAGACCUUCCAUGAUGUAGAGAAGGGUCUGCUGUACUUUAACGCCCGGCUGAGGAUGCUGGAGAAGCGUCAGCAGCGGAUCAGAGAGCUGAGGAGCAAACAUGAAGCACUGCUGCUGGAGCUGGACGAGGCCAAGAGCCGACUGAUGCUCCACCCGGCCAAGUGGAGCGGAGAGUUCGACGUGGACCCGGAGCUGGACCGGGAGUCCCAGGAGUACCUGGAGGUUCUGGCUCGGGUCACGGCGGAUCUGCAGGAUUGCGUCAACCUCUGCAAGUCCCACGUCAUGAUGGAGACCUGCUUCGACAUCGCCACGGCAACGGCAGGCGGCGCGCAGGGCGGACAACAGGAAGUGGAGGUCUGA